AUGGAUCCUGAAAUAUCAAAUAUUAUUAUUAAAGGGUCUUACACUGGGGAAAGUCUGGUUAAAACAGUGUUUUUACUUGGACAAACUAACAAGGAAACUCAACGUAGUAUAGAAACGGAAUCGGAAUAUUACAACGAUCUUGUGAUUGGGUCAUUCACUGAUAGUUAUGGUAACUUAACAUUAAAAACAAAGCUUGGUCUAGAAUGGGCUCAUCAAUUUUGCAAGUUUGAAUACUAUUUGAAGACAGAUGAUGAUGUUUUUGUGUACAGCAAGGGACUUGUGAAAUGGUUGUGGCAAUUACCAAGAGAGAAGGUCUAUACGGGUAGAUGUGAUUUUAAUAAGACGGUGAUUCGAGUAGCCAAGCACAAAUG